AUGGCGGCGUUUGCAGAGAAGCAGAGGCAGCAGAAGCAGAAGCAGCUGUUUAGAGGUGGAGAAAUGGCUGGCUUGUUCUCGUUAGGAAGAGGUAGUAGUAGCAGUAAUAACCAAGAAGACCAACAAAGCAACAACAACAACAAUCCACCAACCGAAAUUCCACAAGAAAGCUGGUUUUGGUACAAAAAUGAAGACAUUCCUUACAAGGGUUUUGAGCCAUGGCACCAGCAGCAACACCACCACCAAGAACUUCUUCACCAAAGACACCAAAAUCCACAGCAAGAUCUCUACUCAUCAGCUGUUGGGUUAGGUGUAGGACCCAGUAGAACUUCAAUCAACAUCUCUGAUGAAUCCUCAUCAAGAUCAGCAGCAGCAGCAGCAGCUUUCAUGAUGAUGAGGUCUAGUGGUUCUGGAACAGGAGGAGCUGGUACCAUAAGUUGCCAAGAUUGUGGCAACCAAGCAAAGAAAGAUUGUAUACACAUGAGGUGUAGGACUUGUUGUAAGAGUAGAGGAUUUGAGUGUCAAACCCAUGUGAAAAGCACUUGGGUUCCUGCCUCUAAACGCCGUGAAAGACAGCAACAAUUAACUGCUUUGCAGCAGCAGCAGCAGCAGCAACAGCAACAACUGCAAAUUCGUGGAGAGAAUUCUAAAAGACUCAGAGAAAAUCCAAGCUCUUCUCUUGCUUGCACUCGCUUAGCCAAUAAUAUGUCAGGGUUAGAACUUGGGAAUUUCCCAGCAGAAGUGAGCUCUUCUGCAUUAUUUCGCUGUGUAAGAGUGAGUGGCAUUGAUGAAAGUGAGGAGAUGUUAGCUUAUCAAGCUGCUGUUAACAUUGGAGGGCAUGUUUUCAAAGGAAUUCUUUAUGAUCAUGGCCCUGACAGCAACUACAUGGCACCUGGCGAGACAUCUUCUGGUGGUGGUGGUGGAGUACAGCCACUUAAUUUAAUCACAGCUGGCACAGCCACAACAUCUGCCACAAUUUCAGCCGCUGGUGGUGGUGGUGUGACUGUGGCUUCUACUACAGCUGCAUUUCUUGAUCCUUCCUCUUUAUAUCCAGCUCCACUAAACACUUUCAUGGCUGGUACGCAAUUCUUUCCGAAUUCAAGAUCAUGA